AUGCCUGGGUCAGGCUCGGUUGCUGGUACUCCCACAAUGGUUGGGUGCGGUGGAAAGGAGCUGGGAUCGGCUCCCGGCACUCCUACCUUUGGGGCGGCAGGUCCCACAGUGGCACAGCAGCAGCAGCAGCAGCAGCAGGCACAGCAGCAGCAGCUACAGCAGGCACGGAGGGGUGGGUCUGGCCCAUUGGACCAUUAUCCCUGUGACGGCGGGCUGUCCCUUGCUAGAAUUGGCUCUCUCACCCCCUCUGGCGCCCACACUCCCUCGGCCUGCCUCACUCCCACUGUGCCCCACUCCCCGUUUGGAGACUCGUCUCGGCAACACAGAGUGGAACGGCAACGCAAAAUGGCAGAGGCCAAGGGGCGCACUGGGGGUGCUGCAGGUGCCGGGUUGGGAUCGCCAGAUGUGGCCAGCCUGAAACGCAAGUGUGAGACUCUUGAAACGGAGAACCGCAGCCUCAAGACGUUCCAAAGCUUCAUGAACAGAAAGGACUCGGAGCAAACGACGCGGAUAGAGCAGCUGGAGCAGGAGAAUGCACAGCUGAGAGCAGAGAACGAGAGGCUCCGGGAGGAGCUAGCUGCUGCUCGACAGACCGGAAUGGGCUUAACCAGCAUGCCCACCAUGCAUGCUGCUGGGAUGUCACAGCCAUGA